CGUAAAGUAAAAUGUCGAGGAUAGCGAAUACGAUAUUCCCCAUCUUCUUCUUCAUCUUUUUGUCCGUUUCGACUCGGACAACGCUUGGGGAAGAUAGUUCGGAUCUAAAUGAUAAAUUCUACAGUUUCGUAGAACCAGGAAGAUCACUUCAAGAUGAGCAAGAAAACACAAAAGAUACUACCGAUAACAUAGAUCUAUCGAUGCAGCAGACAAAUAUACAAAACGUUAAAGAAAAGAAUGAAUCGUUUAAAGAAGAAGGACAGGAUAUGAUCGAUUUUUCUGACAACAAUGAGACUUUAAUAAACAAAAAUAAUGAAGAAGUAAAUAACGAGAAUGAACGUGCUGUUAUGAUACAACAUUUAGAAGAAUUAAUAAAGAAUUUAUCGGAAUAUAUGAAGAAAAAAGAUAAGGAACAACAGACCCACGAUAAAAUUGAACAAGUAUACAAGAAAAGAGAAAUUGAAACACGAAACAGAUUACCAAAACGUCAAGUAAUUUCUACUGAUGGAUGUUUACUAACGGAUGUAAUUCCAACGGCAGUAACAUCGGUGUCAUCGUCAUCAUCAUCAUCAUCAUCAUCAUCAUCAUCAUCAUCGUCAAUGUCAAUGGCAACAGCAUCGUCAUCAGAAUCAUCGUCAUCGUUUAGUUUUCCAACGCCUUUACCACUGGAAGUUUUGAAGCAGAUAGAGUGUGCCGCUGAAGCGAUUGAAUACGGACACCCUCAUUUAUUAAGUACAAUAGUGCAAGAAAUUUUAUGCGAAGUAAAGAAACUGCUGCAUUAUCUGUUGCACGCGUUUCUCAAUUUGUUGAGUGAAAUCUCAAUUGGACCACAGAAUAAUUUAUUGGAAGCUGACGUCGGUUCGACUUUUGUUGAAUUCUUAAAGCGUGCCCCAGUGAUAGUGGAAGAAUUAUUGAAGGAACCACAACAUCUGCUCGCUUUACCAGAGAUUUUAAUAAAUGCUAUACCAUUAGAAGACAUCGUUCUGACGAUCAACAGAUUGAAGGAAGAUUUUCUACUUCUCUUGGAACGUAUUUAUCCGGCUUUUUCUCAACUAUUUGAAAGAAUCAUCACAAUAAAAGGAAAGGAAAUUGACAUCAUCUUAUCUUACGUCGAUGCAUUCAAGACGUUUUUCUUAAAUUUGAUCACGAGUUUUACAACGAGUGCCGAUAUAUUGCUAAGUGAUGUGCAAAUUGGACCGACCUUUAUAAAUUUCGUUAAAGCUGUUUACGAUGGUUAUCAAGCGUCUGGUAUCCAAGAAACAUUUAUCAAUAGUCAGUCACCGGUUACCAUUUUGUCGGAACAAGACGAAGUCUUACCCGUAAUACCGCUAUCAUCACAGUCUACUACCUCUGCUGCUGUAACCACCACUUCUACAAGCGAAGCAGAAAUUGUACCCAUUCAAGAACCACUAAUUCCAUCUGUCCCAGUGCCUUCUAGUGAAGUUAGUACGUCUUCUUCAACCUCGACAACUACUGUUGUUAGUGAACCGAAAAUCUUGAUCGAAGAAAUUCCAUCGACCAUAACCACAACGACGACGACAACAGCUGCAGCGGCAGCAACAGCAGCAACAGGAGCAGUAGCAACGACAUCAGCAGCCAGCUCCUCUUCCUCCAAUUUAUUAAGUCCAAUCUCAAAUAUCGACACUACCGACGUAGUGUCUUCUUCAUCGAGUUCUUCCUCAUCCACUUCAAGUGUCUCAACUCUGCCAGAAUUAGACGAAACAGUUGCUUCCACAGCGACAUCAUCCAGUUCUUCAUCUUCCACAUUACCAGAAUUAUCCAAAGCAUUAGUCGAACCAUCCUUUUUAUCACGCGUGAUACCAAUAAUUUCAUCAAUUUCAAGUAGAACAAAAGAUCUAACUAGUGCCACUUCUUCAGCAAUUUCAGAUGGAAAUCUCUUGACUGAUACUACUGCUUCUUCAUCCUCUGCUUCUUCCUCUUCCUCUAGCUCCUUGUUAUCGAGCAUUAACCCAGUAAUUUCCACUGUUUCACCUUCAUUAACAUCAAGCAGUGCUUCCAGCAGUGCCUCCUCUAGUUUCAUUGAUAAUUAUGCAUCCCCAAUUACUCGUAUAGAAAACAUUCUUCCAGUAACUAGCACAAGUUCGGCAAGUAGUUCUUCCGCAGUCAGUACGUCUUCUAAUCCUACAAUAAUUGUUCCUUCAUCGCCAAUUCUAAAUCCUUAUAGAAGAAAGUUUCAAGUAAGUUCUGCUGUUCCUGCUGUUACAAGUUUAUUAGCAACAACUUCUACACCAGAGUCUUCAGGAAUCUCUUCUAGUAGCCUCUCAGAAUUCCCUUUGAAACUAAAAUGGCCAGUGACUUUACCCAGAAACAAAGUUAUUGCCGCUAUUGGUAACAAUAAUCUCAUACCAGGAGACAUUGUCCUCAUGACCUUAAAGUCAAAUAAAACAUACUUCAGUCGUAUCACUGAUGAAGUCAGCCCACUAACAUUCGAGUUUCUUAAACCUAGAAUGUUUUCAGGAGUUUUGAAUACUUUCGGCAGAAUUUGGAAACUCGUUCCAGGAGAUUUCAAUGAUAUUAAUUGUGAAUCUCUCUUCAGUGGUAUUUAUUAACUUUCAAUGAUAUAUAUUAAUCUUUAAUGGU